GUUAGGUAUUACACAUUUAACUACUUGCUUUGUCAUCUACAACACAAACGUUAACAUGUCGAGGUUUUCUUCAACAUAUCCUGACCUACAUUAGAUAGGUUUUAGCAUCUUCAAAUGUACAAAAUGUAUCAAAGUAGACCCCCCUGCAUCCCUCAGUUUUUCAGAAUGUGCCCUCGGUGGAAAAUCCAUGGUUCUCACACUCCACCUUGGAAUUUUUUAUUUAUAGACUGCAAUAGAGAAGGUGUCCAGCCUUCAAAGUUAACUAACCUUUUAUUGUGUUAGGGUGUGCACAUGUAUUUGAGAUGGUUUAAUGGAGGACACUGCACACAAUCUGUCUGUAGGGAAAUGGGGGAGGACAGACCCUUGGCUAUCUUUCCUGCCAACCAGAUGGGAAAGUUAUGCAGCCAUUCUCCAAACUGUGGGGAUAACGUCUCUAUUAUUUAUGGGCAAAGGGCGAUGGUCCAGACACAAUGAAAUAACUUCCUACCUGCCCUGAAUUGAAUAGUGCCAAGGCAAGGUUGAAGUCAAACUCUCCAUUCAUCCAGCCUGACUCUUUGGAUUCGGCAAAUUUCAAUAUCACUCAUGCUAAAGCGAUACAGUCGGGGACGCAAUAGAAAUGAGUGAAUGGAAAAGUCAGUCAAACUCCAAUAAUAAAAGUUGUUGCCAGGAUUUUGCAGAAUCUACAGGGCUGAUCCUGGGUACUUGCAGGGGUCAAGGAUGAACCCAUUACAUCUAGGAGAUUACAAUAAAAUAUAUGGCAUAAGAGAUUUAGAAGUCACCUUGGUAUUUUCAGCCAUGCUUGUGAUCACUCAACGUAUCUACUUCCUUUUUCAAUAAUGCUCAAAGUCACCAAUAUAAUUGAAACUGCAUUAUCAUUCUGCUAUGUUUUGACUUUGAAAGUGAUUUAUUUAUAUGACUUGUCUUUGAGUGAGCUUGUCUUAGCUUUCAACUUUGUGAUUAUGUUGGAGGCUUUCUAUUGAUUUCUACUACAAAAGGUGUAACUGUCAGUCAAUCUAUGACUUGGCUUUGCUGCGACUGCAUCCAUGGCGAUGCUGUAAACCACAAUUCUUCCGUAUUUUGUCAGAGUUGUAGACUGCAGCCCUAACUGAUGGCAGCUCACACUUAAACUCUGAGCCAUUCAGCUCGACCUUUGAAUGAACUCCAGAAUGACUUUGUGAUUGCCACCUGUCAUAGCUUAAACAUUGAUUAGGAGUUAUUAAUACAUUGUCUUCAGUUCACAUGCUGACCCGCAGCUCAAAGAGUCUUCCGGCUGCUUAGUUCCUUUUCCUCGUCUCAGUCGGAUGGAGGUAGAGAUUCAUCUUGGCCUCCCAAUCCUAUUUAGUGGACAUGGAGCCAGUUAUCUUUGGAUUACCUGACCUCUCCAUGGCCGUCAUUCUACUGGCAGCUUGUCAGAGAUCAUUAGGGGUUUAGGGCAGCCUUUCACUGUAAAGAGUGUUGCCUGAACCUGCAUUCUGGACCUUAGUGGUCUUGACGUGUGUUUGCUCAUUGCUGGUUACUCGUGGUCGAGUAUGAGUGUAGAGGUCAAUCCUGGACCUGAUUCUUGUGAAGUGUUGAUAGGAAAAGUAGUGGUGGGUGUGAGUUCAGUCAGUUGGCUGGAUGCGUACUUCUUUUCUGAGUCUAAGUGUCUGUGCAGCAUGGCGGAGGUCGUUAUUAUACAUUUCAGCCUCCUCGUGGGCAAGAUUUUACCAGUUCACCAUGUUUGAUGCUGUGUCCUCCCAGGUUUUAAGGUCUAUGUGACAUUUCUUUGUUUGUUUUGAGGUUUUCCCUGCACGUUUUCUUUUGUUUUGCUUUAACAAGUUGGACUUGAUUAGUGAGGUAGGUGUGCAGAUCACAUGACCAGUUCAACUAUGCUGCUGUUUGGCAGUGAUGGUGACAGUGAUUGAGGAGAUGCUACUAGCAUCCUGUUAUUAGUGCACCCAUCUUGCCAACAUAUUGUAAGGACCUCUGACUUUCUGAAGGGUGGGGAGCACAACUGCUUUGUAGACCAGGAUUUUGGUCUUUGCCAGGAGGUCAUGGUCUCAAACGCUCUUUUCCUGAGCUUUGAGAAAGCUCCACUGGCACGGCAUUUGAAGACAGGACAUUGCCAAGGUAUGGGAAGUGGUCCACCCUGAAAGGCUCUGUUUCAUUUCGACUGCCAUUGAGUACAGUGGCAGACUUGUUGUAAUGCAGCAGUCGCAAGACACAAAUAUACUUUCCUGGGCUGCUUUCCCAAAAUUAGUCAUAGACUGAUGUGUCAAAAGCUUUGUUGGGGCCUUUGAAGGUAAUGUAGUGUGGUUGAGUUUGUUCUUUACAUUUUUUCUCUAAUUGGCAAGCAGGCAAAAACCACUUGGGGAAGAAUGCUUUUUUUGGGGAGGGAGGGAUUGAUGACUGAGGCAUCCCUGAGUUGUGCACCGAGGUAUUUAGGAAACCUCUGGGAUCUCCAGAAUCUGUGAACUGCUGGGUCUCCAGAGCCUUCUUUGUUCACCAGAGGUUCUUCAGUUUCCAGCCUGCUUUGUUUUGGCAUCAGCUAGUCUUGCAGGUGAGGUAAUUUUGCCAGGUGAUAAAAGUUUGCUGCUUGACUAAGGAUUGGUUUGCAGAAAUUUGUGAUGGUCAUUGAGCGUCUCCUAGAGUGUUUCCAUGUCGUCUGAAUUCUGGUUGGGCAGCUCUGCACUAAGAGCCACGUGGAGCUAUUGUUGGAAGGUGGUCUGACUCAGUUGCUCUGUUGAGUUUCAUCCAAUUUUGCCUUUUCUGCUUUCUCCUUUUCUUAGAAUUUAAAAAUGUGACUUCACAACUGAAUCAUUACUCAGUGGCCAUGUCUAUAUUUUCACACAUUUCCCCCACUGCCGUCCAGCCACACAAGUGGAGUUGUAAAAUAAAUCUCUGUCCACAUAGAAACACAUUGACCAGUAGUGCGGUGUGAGUUAAGCAGUCACUUAUGACAGAUGAUUGUAGUCUGGUUUAGUUCCAAUUGAAGAGGAACCAUCCAAAUGUGUUUAAUUGUCUUGUCUGUAUUAAUGUUCAUUUGCAGUAGUUACUUGAAUUCCAGAUAAGGGAGUAUCUGGAUCCAGUGAAUGCAUGUUGACAGCGGAUUCAAACCUGAAGUACCAAAUUUACGGCGUGUCUGUCACAUGUAUUAGUUGUUCGAGUGCUUUAGCAGUUAUUGACUUAUUCGCUAUCUGUGGAGCCGCAGCCUGCAAGCUUCCAAAGACCUUAUUGGGUGAGAUGGUUCUCCCUAUCUCCCUGUGAAACAUGAUCGUCUCAGUAACCUUUAAGCUUUAAUCUGCAAGAAUAACAUGAGACCAAACACACCACCCCCACUGGGCUCAACUGAAAUAAAGGGGUCCUCUGUGUUGGAUUGAUUACUGCAGCGGAUUCUCUCCAGAGACCCCCCACACAUUUUCUUGACAGCGCAGCGAUUCUGCAGAUAUUUUUUUCUUUUUUCUAGCAUUUUGAUUGAAAAGCAGGAAGGGAAUGACAUUAUUGUCAGUCAUACGUCUGGUAUACUCAACUGCAGUGAGAUGAGCUCACGGAAAGCCAGGAGAAAAAAAGUCAACCUGGAAUUCCUGUUAUCUCUGUGAAAGGAGACUAUAGGGACAUAAAUGAGUGGAUCUUUGUCUUGAAGUAAUGCAGUCAAUCAUGUUUUCUCAUGCAGUUGUCACCUUUAGUGGGGCCCUAGACACUUUGCAACCGUUUCUGACUGUUUUUGAUCAAAAUGACAUGCAGUUAUUAGAUGUUUACUUUGGGUCACAUCACUAAUGGGUAAAAAUCAGAUGUCGACUUACAGCUGCCCAAUGGCUCAUUCUUCCAUAUUGGAACAACAGAACAAAAAGCUACUUUGCCAAACUCAAUGUAAAAAAAGAGUGUGGUUGUUUGCUUCCUUACGGCAAAGAUCAAUCAUUUUCAGUAAUUAUUGUAAUAUCAGGUUUUAUAUUUUAAAUACUAGAUACUAGAUCACAGGUGUCCAAACUUGUUCAAUUUAGGCACUCAUACUGAGAAGUCAAAGAAUUCAGACGCCAUUUUGAUAUUGUAUUUGAUAUUCGACAGAUCCGUUGUCAUGGCAAUCUUGAUGUCGUCCAAGUCUUCAAAACGGGUCCCCUUGAUGACUCACUUGAGCUUGGGAAAGCAGGAAAAAUCACAUGGAGCCAGGUUUGAUAAGUAGGGAAGUUGCUGUUUCAGGUUGUGCAGGGUUGUCAAAUGACAGUUGGCUAUGUGUAGAUGUUGCUGGGGGCAUCCCUCAUGACUAAAGGACCUCGGUGUGGGUCAUGAAUGGCUUUUUCAACAGGACAACGCUGUGGUUCACAAUGCCCACCUGACAGGACGUCUUCCAGAGGAAUAACGUCACUCUUUUGGACCAUCCUGCAUCAAAUGGACAUCAAUUCCAGACAGUGGAUGCCCUCCUGGAAGCCAUCUUUGCCACCCGGAACAACAUUCCUGCUAACCUCCUGGAAACACUGGCACCAAGCAUGCCCAAACCAAUUUUAGAGGUGAUUAACAAGAAUGGCGCAACUACUCAUUACUGAGUCCUUUUUUGAACAUUUGAUUUCUAUUUCAGUUUUUGUUUUGUUUGUUUUUUUUAGCUAUGGUCUUAAACUUUUGAUCAGCUGAUGAACAGCUAAUUUCUUGUAAUGUAAUUUUUUUAAAUCAGGAUACAUGGAUAUGGAAAUAUGAUUUAUUUGAACAUUCUUCCCAUUCUUUCACAUCAGUAUACCUCCUAUAUCACAAUUCCAAAUGUCCAAAAGGAGCAGGAGGAAGCAGAGCUUAUUCAAUCCUACCCCCUCUUUGUUUCACAUCCAAUAGCUAAUUCAUCAAUAGACUAUUCAAUCUGUGGUUCAUGAUUGUUCUUCCUUAUAUUUUUAAAACAUCAACUACUGGUAGUGUCUUUUGAGUUGGGUCGUUUUAGUGCAUUGUGUGAGUUCUUCACUCAGUCUGUUCCAUACUUUGACCCCAGAUACAGAUAUGCUGAAGGUUUUUAGCGUUGUGCGGGCGUAUAAGUGUUUUAAGUCAUUUUUUUCCCCAAGAUAUUUCCUCUCUCUUACAGGCUAUAUGGAGAACAGCCAUUUUAUUGAACAGUGAAAAUCAUAACGCAAAUAUUAUGAAAUCGGAAAUAUUCACUUUGUCACACUUGUGAUAUUACACUUGCAUAAUUUAGGCUCAAGCACAAAAGUCCAGUAAUUGAAUAUGACACAUACUGUAUUUACAGACUGUCUUCUUUGAGAUUAGACUGACAAACUUUCUCUUUUUUUUUCUUAUUUUAAGUUUACUAUGUAACCAACGUUAGUAUUUUUUAUUGAUUUUGAAAGCUGACUUUUACAAUGUGCUAUACCUUCGGGUAGGCUGAUUAGUAAUUGACGGAUGAAAUUUGUGUGGAUAAACAGGGCACAUUUCACACCUAUGGACAAAUUAGUCUCCAAUUAAUCCAAUUAACUCUCCAAAUGAACCAACAUGCAUGUUUUUGGAAUUAGAGAGGAAGGCAGGGUACCCGCAAGAAAACCCUCACAUGUGCAGGGAGAACAUGCAAACUCCACACGGAUAUCCUCCAACAGAGAUUCAAACCCUCAGUCUCCAGUCUGUGAGGCUGACAUGCUAACCACCAGACCACCGUGCGGCCCGGAAACUUACGUAUAUAUAAUUUUGAAAUAUUUUUCACAUUCCAUAGUUGAAGCAGCUGUGUGGUUUUGGCCACAAUUCCAUCAAAUGACAGGGAAAAACAUCAGUAUAUCCCAACAGGGAACGUUGUGUAUCCUUUUCAUGCUUCCUUCCGUUUUGUGACAUAAUUAUUAUAUCCCUGCAUUUCAGGCCACUCCAACAUAAAUAAUAUGUAUUAAUAUGUGAAUACCUGUUGUUUGUUUUGGGUUUAGUACUUAUAUUUUGUUUUGUGAAAUCGCGGGGGUGGGGUCAAUUCAUAGCAAGCAUUUCUCUACACCUGGGAAACACAUUGAAUAAGUUGCAUUCCGUCUUUUGUCACUGAUUAAUAGUUCCAUGUACAUUUCCAGAUGUGGAAUUCAAUAUCAAUGUUUUGUGAUUCACCUGACUAUCACACGUGAUAGCAAAGUAUGAGUACAAAAAAAAAAAAAACAAAAAGAACGGAAAGUAAACCCAUCUGCCCCGAAAUUGACAGGCGGUUCAGCCAAGGCCGCACCCCACCUCUUACUCCAAGUCAGAUGUCAUAUAGGCUCCAGCUUUCCUUUGACCCUCAGCAGAGGUUAGAGUCUAUCCCAGCUGGCUUAGGAUGCAAGGCGGGGUACAGGUGGACACAUGAGACAAGCACACAACCAUUCACACCUAUAGUGGCAUUUCAUUAAAUGCAAUCCUACAAUCCAAGUGCUAAGCGCUCACCCGCUGCGCUCAUUGAUGAAGUACCUACUUUAACUUCGGUAUUUUACAAAGAACGUAGCGGGACGUAUGUGGCAAUAUAUCGACACAGCUUCUGUAUGGGCCACACUGAGUUAAGCAGAUAAUCAGGCUUUAGAGACCUGAGUGGUUGUUAGUGACGCAGAGCUUUACGCUGCCAAAUACUGUUGCCCAGCCCUGACAGGGUUGCUGGACACCCCUCACACAUUACAUUAAAGUAGCACAUAAACAAGGAAAGGAGACAUCAUUUUAGCUCUCUCACAGGAGAGAACUUGGUCACCAAGUUGCAUCAGAAGACCUAACCCAGCCUGUAGGAGGCGGUACUGCAAUAUUUGAGGGUUCAGUGUUUAGUUCAGGGGUGUCCAAACUUAUUCCACGUAGGGCCUCAUACUGAAAAACUAUUUUAAUUUUGGAAAACAGGCUUAAAGCAACCUGUGUAGACAUUACCUAUAAUGAUAAGACAUCACAUGUUAUUAUGGACAUUUCAGCUUGUUGUCAUUACUGUCAACCUUUUUCUCUUUCACCCUCAUUUUUGCUGGGUUUUUUAUUAUUUAUUAUUUAUUUUCAUUUUAGAUUGCGCCGUGGGCCAUUAAUAAAUGAGCGGCGGGCUGCAAAUGGAGUUUGGGACGCACUUUGGACACCCCUAAACUAAAUGUGAUACCCACUACCUUUAUAUUUACUUGUUAAAGGAAAGGAAGCUAUGUGGAUGGAGACUUACAUGAGUGGUUCAUUGACAAAUCUGAGUGUACAGUCAUCCUUCGUUUAUCGUGGUUAAUUGGUUACAGUCCCAACCGUGAGAAGUGAAUUUCCGCGAGGUAAGAUUCAAUAUUAACAAAUGGAACAUUUUCGUAGUUAGCAUAGAAACCACAUUGCUAAUGCGCAGGCUAUGGUAUCACUGCAGGGACACAAGAGACGGCCAUGGCUUUAAGCGUAGCAUGCUAGGGAGCUAACUAGCUAGCCUCCAAUUUAUUUAUUCUAAACUUAAUAAAGGGUUUCAAACGGAGUGGGGAAGAAGGACAAAGUAAGAAGCCAAAAACGUACCACUUCAACAGUGAAACGGCAUCCUCAGGCUUCAAACCUGGUUCUUCCAGAGAACAGUGGAACCUUGGUCCUUCACUUCUUGCAAAGAAACUAGCUUGCUAACAAAAUGGCAACCAGGAAACCUGAAGUCAGCUAUGUAGCGCAUCUAUGAUGGCGCCGGUGAGUGACUCUCAAAAAUGUUAACACAAACACGUUUUUGUAUUUUUACAUGCUUAAAAUAACUGUAAAUGUUAACCAGUGAUAAAUGAAAAGGGAUAAAUGAACAUUUAAAGUUACUUUUACCUUCGUUAAAGACGUGAUUCUUGAUGUGAGUGUUCCUAAAGACACCAUGUGGCAGCAAGACACGACACAGACACCAUUUUGCUGUUUUGUCAGUAGUGUUUUUCACCUUCUUUAUAAAAAAUGCUGCAACUUCAAACUUUCUUUGGCUCCGUUCUGGGUUACUGAGGUGAUAAACACUAUUGAGUUCAAGAAAUAAUUCGUGGCAAAACGGGAAAGUGGUGUCUCGCUGGCACAGCGUGUGUUUGGGAAGUCACAUCAAGAAUCACAUCUUAAAGAAUCACGUCUGUUUAUUUCUCUACUUAUGCUUGGCAGUGCUGAUGCCAGCAAGUCAUAGAGUGUUUUUUACAGAUUAAAAUAUCCGUGUUCUCAAUACUAUUUCAAAUCGCGGGAGGAGCUGAAAGCGUUUCUGUUCAAAUUGAGAACCAUUGCAGUACAGUAUUUCAGGUGUAAGCGAUACUGCACAUUUGAGUAUCGAUCUGAUACCAAGUAACCACAGGGCGACAGUGCAGAGAUCGAUACUGAUAGCGAUAUUUAACUUAAUAUUUUUCAAGCUGCUUGAAUGCUUUUGUGAUUUUGCCUUCAAUAAAACAUAACAAACUAUAAGCUAAACAACACCAGCAAUGUAAUAAUAUGAACACAGCAAAAAAAUAAACAUAGACGAGAACUGAAAACAUCGAUGUAAUCAUGCUAGUAUCAAUCAGAAACUGACGCUGCCGUCGGUAUCGGCAAUAUCGGCAUUCGGAUCGGUUGUAAUGUUAAGUGGGCAGGUAACAGUUAACUUCCUGAUCAGUAGGGGAAUAUAUGGCGUUAGAUAGACUCCAGGAAAGCAAGUUGGACGUCAGACGCGCACAUGUUGCUUUAAGCGGGGCAUUUCUUGGCAGAAGGGAGAAGAAAUUAAAAAUGUGUGAAGGCUGUCCCUUUGGAGGACGCACGCUUCUUCUUGCGGAGCGCUGAUGGUCGUUGGGAGAAGUGUGCCAAAGUGUGCUACGCGAGGAGCAACUUAUUCAUGCAAAUUGAUCAAAUCAUAGGCGUGCCUUUGAGCGAUGGAGCCGGAAAAGCAAAGCAGCUCCUGGAUCAUAACGCACCUUCAAAGACUGUGAUGCACACUGCUCGGACUCAUUCACAGCAGCACUGGAGUCAAUCUUUGUGGGCCACAGCCGAACGUCUUGUCUUCUUCACUUGACUGCACUUUCGCGCUCCUCGCUGCAGGCGCCUCUCGGAUCUGCAGGUCACUUGUUGCUAUAUUCUCAUUUUGGGGGUUCUCCACUAUUUUUCGUGUUAAACACCACUUGGACGUUUUUUUUUAAAUGCUGAGAUUCGAUGCACAUCCUGUUACGCCGCGGAACUGAUUUCGUGCGUAAUUACGCAUUUGAUCUCGCUUCUUUUGAUUAAACAAUUAAGGCGUUUCGCAGCAUUACUAUGUCAGAGGGCGACAAUAGCUCCACUAGCAGCCGCCUUCCUGAAACAGAAGGCGGCAGCGUCAGUGUCUUGAGCUGGGAGCAAGUGCAGCGCCUGGACGCCAUCCUGACGGAGACGAUCCCCAUCCACGGACGAGGGAACUUCCCCACGCUGCAGAUGCAACCCCGGCAGAUUGUCAAAGUGGUGCGCAGCAGGAUGGAGGAGAGAGAGAUCCACGUCCGGGACGUCCGGUUAAACGGCUCUGCAGCCAGUCACAUACUGCAUGAAGACAGCGGACUGGGCUUCAAGGACCUUGACCUCAUAUUUUGUGCAGAUAUGAAAGGAGAAAGCGACUUCCAGAUUGUGAAGGACAUUGUUCUGGACUGUCUCCUGGACUUUUUACCCGACUGUGUGAAUAAAGAGAGGAUUAGCCCCUUAACUUUAAAGGAAGCCUACGUGCAGAAGAUGGUGAAGGUGUGUAACGACUCGGACCGCUGGAGCCUCAUCUCCCUCUCCAACAACCGGGGCAAGAACGUGGAGCUGAAGUUUGUGGACUCUCUUCGGCGUCAGUUUGAGUUCAGCGUGGACUCUUUCCAGAUCAAGCUGGACUCCCUGCUGCUCUUCUACGAGUGCUCAGAGAAUGCCAUGACUGCUACGUUCCACCCCACCAUCAUGGGCGAGAGCGUGUACGGCGACUUCGGUGAAGCCCUGGAUCACCUACGCCACAAGAUCAUCUGCACCCGGAACCCAGAGGAGAUCCGAGGCGGCGGCCUGCUGAAGUACUGCCACCUGCUGGUGAGGGGCUUCCAGGCCGCCUCGGAGUCCGAGAUGAAGUCCCUUCAGCGUUACAUGUGCUCACGCUUCUUCAUUGACUUCCCUGACAUCGGAGAGCAGCAGCGCAAGCUGGAGUCCUACCUUCAAAACCACUUUGUGGGCCUGGAGGACCGCAAGUAUGACUACCUGAUGACGCUCCAUGGGGUGGUCAACGAGAGCACGGUGUGCCUCAUGGGACAUGAGAGGCGGCAGACUUUAGGGCUCAUAGCCAUGUUGGCGGUGCGCGUUCUGGCCGAGCAGAACGUUAUUCCCAACGUGGCCAACGUCACCUGUUACUACCAACCGGCUCCGUAUGUGGCAGACGGCAACUUCAGUAACUACUACAUAGCACAGGUCCAGCCAGUGUUUGCCUGCCAGCAGCCUGCCUACUCCACCUGGCUGCCCUGUAACUGAGCCAGCGCGGAGAGCAGAAGAAGGAAAAAAAAGACGGAGGAGGAAGGGGGUGAUUUAUUUGAACAGGAACAUAGUUGCCACCGCAAACUUGACAGCUGACAGCAAAGUGGUCUCUUCUCUCUUUUUUUUUUUUAAAUGUUUUGCAUCAAAGCUUGUGUUUGUGUUCAUACGUUGAGUAUGAAUGAUAGAUAACAAAACUGUCGGCUCAAUGUGAAUAUCUCACACCAACCUUGCAAAUGUGGGGACCUGUGCAACUGCAGUCGGCAGAGCUGCCCCUCAGUCAGGAAGUGAUGAGUGCAGCACAUUCUGCAAAGACCCCCUCCACUAAAUGUGGGUGAAGUCUGUUAGGGCAGUCUGGGAGAACACCUUUGGAUAUUAAACCCACAUCUCCUUUGCAUUUGGGUAUAAAUAUGGUUGUUACAGACCAAAGAUUUUAGAUUCUUUACAAUAAAACCCUGUUUUUUAGAGGGAAAAUUACAUAUGAAGCUCUAUACUAUCUAUUUGUGUAAGUGAAUGUGUCUUGAAGUGCCUAUGACCCUUCAGAAAGAGCAGGCCGUGUGAUUAUUUUCAUGUGAAUUAGCACCAGGAAGGCUUGUGAAUGUGUGAGAGCGAUUGUGCACAGACUGGAGCAUCACUAGAGUGUAUAAAAGUGGGUUUUGCAGGAUGAUAGAAGCAAAAAUGACAUGUUUUAAGAUUGUGUGCAUAGGUCUUAUGUGUAAAAAUAAAAUGAGUCUCAAACCACACAAUCAUUAAAGUAUUAAUGAAAGUAUUAAUACCAUCAGAAAACCUGCAAGUUGCAUGUAUAUUUUGAAGGGAAUGCAUCUCUUUUAGGGACAAGUAUGUUCAUAGCUCACAUAGGUCAGAGCCACUUUAAUAUUGUAUGCAAAUGCACACAUAUGUUUGUGAGGAGCACUAAAUCUCUUGAUGGCAGACAUCUGUCAUCAAAUGGACCCACACUCCCAAUACAGACCUUUUGUGUAAUUGUGAUAACAAACAGUAACGACAACAGCCUCCUUGGUGGUGCUGCGAAGUGAUCGGAAAAGUGAGUGUGCUCAUACGCUUCCUGCUUGAAGAAUAUUUGCCGUGACGCCUCAGAUGAUGAGACACUAUUUGCUGUAGCACCCUGACAGGGAAUUCCUCAGCUGCUGCUCAAGAGCUCCAGCUAGGCUUGCCUCUGCAGACGCUCUGUUGAGGACUCUGAAAAUACCAAAUAUUUUGGUGACUGGUAGCCCUUACAUCGAUUAAGAUCAUUUAUUGAUGUGUUCAUGUACUUAAAGAUGGUGUUUUGUUGCAUAAAAAGACAGACGUGAGAUGAGAAAAAAAAAAAAAAAAGAUGAGUGAGAAGGAAAUGGGAGAGAUGGGUGCAGCUGGUGAUGGGGUUUAUCUUUCUAGGGCCACCGUACCACACUCUGUACCGGAUCACAACCUCAUGACUUUUUCUAUUCCGGGGAUCUAAAGUAUUGUGCUAUUUUUUUAUCUUCUAAAAAUAAAAAAAAGGAAGCAAAAGAUAAAAAUGACAUGCCGUCACAUCAGCUUCAGGAAGUGUUACAUUUGUGGUGUUGCUGCUAUGAAUUGUUUCGAAAGCUCCCUUCUGCAGAAUUCCAAGCGAUGUUGUACAUAUAUGAAUACACGCUUCAGCUUUGCCAACCCACUUACGCUGCAGCCUUUCCUGUCGGUGUGUAAAAAAAAGUGAAUCGUGACAUUUAAAGAACACAACCAAGCCAAAACUGCUAUAAAUCCUCUUGCUGAGGAAAUCAUUUUUUGUCUCACACCAUUUUUCUCUUUCUUCUUCUCGGUGAUUGUCUUUAUUGAUGGAAUCCUUUGGAUUGUGCAGGCAUUGUAUUGCCUUUUUUUUUUUUUUUUUUACUCAGUGACAUUUUGCCAGCUUACUAGCUGAAGUCUGUUUAUUAGUGAUUGUGCCUAUCAAUUAGAGAUCGUGGAUUACUGCAUUGUCUUGUAUACGUCAGCUGACAUAUGUUCCUCAUGAUGCAGUCUUUUACAAAACACACAGGGAAAACAGCGGUAAACAUCCUUGUCUUGUAUGUAUAUUUUUAUGAGUGUUAUUUUUUUUUAUAUAUAGAUAUCAACGUAUCAGAGACUGCACAUGAUGCAGCGCUUUAGAAUCUGUGAUUGGGCUUCAGUGGAUUUGUUCUCAAUAGCUUUUUGCUAUGUUUGUCACGUGUCCGAUGGGUCAAAAAUGAAAAGAUGGUUUCAUCAAUAAA